AUGUCUUUCAAUCGGUUCAUGGUGAACUACACCGAAUGCAGUUCCGAGACAGCUGUUGGAGUAGCUUUGGAGUAUAUGGUGAAGCAGAAUGUCGACGUAGUCAUUGGGCCUCCUUGCCCGUCCUCUGCCGAGAUAAUGGCUUAUUUGUCAACAUACUACAAGAAAAUUAUGCUUGGAUGGGGUUUUCUGAUGGACCCCAUAUUCAGCGAUAACGACCGCUUUAAAUAUCUAACAAAGGUCAUACCAGAUUCACUCCAAAUGAUGCAAGCCCUGGUGCUAAUGUUCCAAAUGUUUGAAUGGAAUCGUGUCGCUAUCUUCUAUACCCCAAACGAAGUGCAGUACUGCGACACCAUUAUUGAAGAUGUGGACACAACAUUCGGAGACGAUUCGACGUAUGUGGUAGAUGUUGUGCAAAAGGUUGAAUGGGAUGGUCAAGAUAGCGAUUUCCUAAAACAACACUUGCUUCGUACUAAAAGCAUUGCAAGAAGUUAG